UUCCCUUUGGGAGCAGCAGUGACAUGGCCACAUGGUCACAUGGCCCGAGCGUGUGUGUGAGAGUUUUCAUUUGGAAGGUGGUGACAGAAGCAGCAGUGCCCCUCACUUUUAAAGCCUAGAGGGACGAGACACAUGAGCGGACAGUGACUUCAUCCUCACCAUGCUGCGAGUGUGCGUGUGUGUGAUUUGAGAGGCCGCGUGCACGCACAGAAACAAGUCUCUUAUUAAAACUUCCAAAGUCAUUUGCGUUGUUGUUUAGAAACUCAUUGUCUCUCCUCUGCUUCCAUUCACACUAAAGCCCCAUUCGGAUGGUAGUACCAUUACAGAGUGAGGUAAUUUAAGUAAACUGCUCCGAACAGCAUUUUAACCGUCAUAAAGUUCCAGAAUCUUGUCUGCAGUAGACGUGGACAUUCUGCACGACCGGCCAAAAGACAACACCGGUCCCUACCUACCUGUAGCUGACACUACAGCAGCACAUUUGAUGAGAUCUUGCUCUCCCAAUGGCGUCUCUGCCGUCUUAUUGGUGCCCAAAUAGGCCUGUAGGUCUUUUGCACAAAAAUCAAACUUCACACUGAACUGAUGAAAACAAAUUUAUCAACAAAGUUAUUCAUGCAAAAAACUCAGAGAUCCACUUUGAAAUACAAAAUUAUACAAAGAACUAACCCUUAUCGUAAUUGGGUCGCUGUGACAAUUUAUCCAAAUAGAAGCUCUGGAUGGGAUUAAAAUCAUUGUCCAGUGUAUAUAAUGUUAAAAUCACCCCACCUCCUGUAGAGAAACAAAUCCAAAACGCUUGCCUUCCUAAAACUCCGGAGUGUCCUCCGAGGGAGACUCGUCUUAUCUCAUUGGUCGAGUCUUGCCUAGCGUCGACUGAUUAUUGAAUCAUGUUAUUUUUUUUCUCCCGGUUAGCAUCGUCCCUUUAGGCUUCAUUUAGCUAUAGAAUUUAUUUUAAAUAAACAGAAUUAUUGGCCAAGAUUCAUGUGACUAUCGCUGUUGUUGAUUCAGUGAUGUCCAAAGUACUGCGGCAGACGGACAGACAUGGUUUCUUAGAUUGUUGUGCUUAUGAAUGGAACUUUUGGCCCAAUGGUCGCGUGCAACUUAGUCUACAUUGUGAUUAUUAUUUUUUUCAUGCACAUUAAAAAGAUUUGAGCUGAUUCGCUCUGAUCCCAUAGUUAAAAAACAAAGAUGAAGUCUGGAUCCCCUUUGACAUGUACAACAUUCAUUCACAUCAUAUCAACUUGGCUUCAUUCCUCACACUUACCUCGAUCCUUCCUCCGCCUUUAUUUAUUUCUCUUCAUCUCCGUUUGUACGUGAAAUGAAUGGCUCUCAGUGUAACAGAGAGGAUGCUGGGAUAAGUAACUCUCAGGCCUCUGCUAAUAGAACUAUUAAUACGCUGUUUGUGUGUGUAAGUGAGCGAGUGGAGCCUCAUAUUUACAGCAUUACCACGCUAUUUAACUGAGGUGUUGUCACGGCGACAAACAAGCAGCGUGACACACGCACUCAGUUAAUACACAGCGAGGAGGACACAACACACGUCUGUUAAUCCAUACCGAUGAUGCAUAGAAAUGUGAGAACACAGUUCACGUCUCAGUCUGGGGUCCAGCCGUGUUAAAGGGUCACUUUUCAUUUUACCAUUCGAGGUGAAAUGCUUAAAGAAAAUGUUUACUUCUCUUUCUUGCUUCUCCUUUGGUCGACAACAAGAAACCUUUCCAUAGUGUUUGGGAAAAAAAUAACAAUUUGUGGUUGUAGGGGAACAUACAUGCGGAAACUAUUUCUUGAUGACCACCAGCGGGUUGCCGGAUACAGUCGGUGAGGUUUCGGUCUCCGCUCGGGCACGAUGCUACGAAAACCAGAGGCGACAUCUCUAUGACUUAAGGGAGUUGCACACAGCUGACGUUUUGUCAAGAAAUGGUUCCACCACACAACUCCGGCUAAAACCACAAAUUGUCAUUUCUACGGUCAAUUAGCAAGCUUCUGAGGUGUUGGUAAGGUGUAUUAUGUUCUCACUGUUGACAAAGCCCGGCUCGCUGUUUGUGCUAGCUGUUUCCAUUUGCCUCCAGCUGUUAUGCUAAGCUAGGUUGUUCAUGUCCUGACUCCAGCUCCGUAUUAAAUGCACAGAUGUAAGAUUGACGUCAGUCCUCGCGUCUUAUUCUCGGAAAGAAAGCAAUCGGGUGUACCUUUCCCAAGAAUGCUGAACUGUUCUUUUAAAGACACCGUGAGGUCUUAAGUGUGUGACGACGCCUGUCUUGCAUCAUCAGCUGACAUAAGAUGUUACUGUUGACAUUCUCACACCCACUUUUCCCCCUGUAUCACAAUGCUUUUGGAAGACUCCAAUCUCACUGUCCGAUUUUGAAGAUUAAAAAUGCAUGUGUAUGCAUUUCCCAAAUUUAUUUUUGUGGACCAGGCCUCAAACACAAGAGUGAGAGAGAGAGAUCACUUGCUUGAUGAUUGUGCAGCAACUUGGAAAACUUAAGUUCAUGUACAGAUUGUCACAUACUACCAUUUAGUCGGGGUGAAUAUUUAAAUUGUGAGUGUGUGUGCGUGCAUGACUGUUCAACUCUAUUUUCACCCAUGUAUUGACAGCAGCGAGCGGAGGUGGAGAGCUCGACAUGUUUCUCAGAAAAGGCAGGAGACAGGGAGCCAUCACUCUUCUCUUCUCACCACGAGCUUUUUCCCCCCUUCCUUCUCCUCCUCACCCACGUUGCUCCUCUCCUGCGCGGAAGACGUAAGUGCCUUAGACAGAUGUCUGCUGCCUCUUGUCUAAAACCCUCAACGCAAGCUGCUGAGCUCGGCAAACUCUAAUUAAGAUCAAUAUUUCAAUUUUUAGUAAAAGCGCACAAGACGGAGAGAAGACGGAGGGAGAGAAAUCAUCUGUCCACGUACUCGGAGAGACAAAAAGAAAGGUCAACUGUGAUUCUUCGUGUGUGUGUCUGUGUUGGAGAGACUUGAUAUAAACGGGUUUGUUUCUGUGUGUGUGUGUGUGUGUGUGUGUGUGUGUGUGUGUGUGUGUGGUACACAUAUUACAAGUUGUCUUCUCUUUCUAUGAGCCGUCACCUUUUCAGCUUUGCUUCCUUUGAAGUAUAAUUCCAUUUUAUUACAACUUUCAGCGCAUUUAUUUUCAGCACAUUGGCCGUCGUUCCUAUUGAUUAUAACAACAUUGUACUCGGAUGGAUGAUAGAUGGAUAGAUAACCUAACAACACAUCCAAUAUCACAGAAAAACAUGCAAACAUCCCAUCAUUCAAAAGCUGUGUGCACUAAAGUCCCCCUCAGCCUGUCUGACUCCGUUUUUCGGAUGGCGACACACCUUGUGAUUGAUGGCAUGAAGAGUUGAACAAGGUGAACAGUCAACACCGGCCGUCUGUUGGGAGAUGAAGUCACACAGUGUGGAAGGGUUUUAUUGGUGUUGCUGUUUCCCUUCCAUGUGAUCUCUUCAUCUCCAGCAUGUUGUUUAGGAGUUCUGUGAAAUGAUUAUCUGAAGCAUGUUCAACAUUUUAGAAUUGAGACAUUUGACAUGUGUAAAACCUGCACUGACCACUCUUUAAGUUUUAGAGCAGCAGUUCACCUGAAGAGAAUCCUUUUUAUUUUAUGAAUGACCUCUUGCGUGUCUUCUCCCAGCUUCAGCGACCCAACGCCUACGAGUUUCCCAGUGUGUUGUAUCUGUAUUUGCUCGAUUGUUUCGGUGUGUGUGUAAAUUUUUCCUGUGUUCUGUAUUCGAUGGUGGAAACAUGACCAUGUUUGCUUCGUCCAGUCUUUGUAAGGUCUCACGUAUAGUCUUCGGGCCUGUCCCCAGACUUUGUGGAUGUCACCCUGUUCCCAGACCUUUGGUGAGUACAGCGGCGUCACCAAAACAAACGGCGGUCGAACCAGUUGCGUAUUAGAUUCUAAUUUCCCUCUUUUCCAUCCAAAUUCUGUGUUGUCACAUUUUUUCCUUUGAGACCGAAAAACCUUUUCAUCGCCCGGGUGAACAAACGCGCUUUCUAUCCAAGUGAGGCCUCCUACAUGUGGUGGAGCUCCUGAUUUCUAAAGUAAGCCUCCCUGUUAACUUCACUGUCCGUGCACACGCGUGCGUGUCACAUCCCUGCACAAUUAAAGCUGAUUCCUCUACAGCGGCAUUAGUGACUUAACGGCAGCGACAAAAAAAACAACAACCUCCGGGCCUCAGAUAACCCCGAGCCACCUCCUGCAGCCGGUCUCUUUGGUCCUGGAGGCUGGCAACCUUUCGCUCAAAGCUCGCCUCGCCGCCGGCUCAAAGCCCACCGUCGAUCCUCCACCUUGCUGAUGUCCGUUUUGCUUAAAUCGGUAGAACUGCACUUGCAGCGAAGUACCAAUAUGCAAAGGCACAAUGAAAACCCUGACUUCAAAAAUUUAUGUCUCAAGCCCUCGGCCGCAGACGCUCCCCUUCCCCUGACAAUGAAUGGACCACAGCAGAUCUUCUUAAAUGUGCCAUUUCAAAGCAGAAUGCUUAGCUUGGCGUUUAGGGGCCAGGUCCUGCUUAUUUGAUAAAAAAGAAAACCCUCUCCUAAUGACUUAGCGCACCUAAACUUAAAAUACCUUGAUAUGAUUUCCAUCCCUUCAUCUCAUACUCUUCUUUUCAUCUUCGCCAGCAGAUUUGAGGAAGUGGGGGGAGAGCGUAUUUCAUGGCCAUUUCGGACUGGAAGUUAAGCUCAGCAGCUGCGCAAGGUUUUCCUGUUCAUAUCUGACCAAGUUUAAACUUAUGGCCACCUGUUUUAUUUUUUCACCCCCGCAGAUAGGCACUUAAUUCCGCAGAUAUAUCACUCACAAAUCGGUGGGUAGAUGGGACUCCGGGGGGCGGCUGCUGCUGAGGAGGCUAAACGGGUCAGGUGCAGCGGUGUCCGGGUUUAAGUCAUGCUCCCCUGAUACCAUCAACAUCCUGCUCGGAUUUGCACCUCCCACAAAGCCUCCCCCCUUUUCUCUCCAAGAUAAAAGACGUAUGUGUCCAGAAUGGAGACGCACGCGGCGGGGCUUAAUUAUCCGUCGAUCCGCGGAGAUGAGACGGGAUGCAAUUUGUGGUUAAUUGCGAAUGAAAACCCCGCGGACCACCGCCAGGACUAUCCAAUCAUACUUAACCCGCGCGCAGCCACAGCGCGGCCUCCUCGCAGCCUCGCGGAAAUGCGGAUUGAUUUUUGGCAGAGGGGCGCGCGGCCUUAAAUCGACCGGUAUUGAUAGAUCUGGUAGUUUGUGGUGUCAGAGGCAUUCCUUCCUGAGACAUAAAUGAGUAAAGUAGAUACAAUAAGCUGUUUUUAAUAAAGCUAUAAGCCAGGAUGUGUUUUACACUUGAGCUAUAUUUAAUACUUUAUAAGUUCAAGGCCUUCGUUUAAUUUGCUCUUCUAGUUGUAAAUACAGAACAGUUGACUUUCGUAUUUCAGCUGUUAAAAUGAAUAUAAAUUGUAGCCAUUCAUAUUUACUGUUUUUCCCCACGAGAGUCAUAUUCCCUUUUAUGUGUCAUUGGGCCAAUUAACUUGAUCAUGAUUUAAUUUCACCUUAAUCUAAUGUAGAAAUGUAUUUGGCUAAUGCUAAAACAACAACAACCUGGAUUCAUGUAACUCACUGAAUUUGUUUCCUUACAUAAAUUAAAUAUUGCAUGAGACUAUAUUGCCUACGACUAAAUGUUGACCACAGUAACAGGUUCCUACAUGUAUGGAUAUAGUGGAUGAUUAAGCAAUUUACAACAUUUUUUUUUUUAAAGAUCAAAAGGGUUUCAAGAGGUCCAGGAGUCUAAAAUGUAUUCACUUUUUUCAAUUGCUUGAUUGACCAAUACCAUGAAUUGGCGACCUGCAGUUCCUUUGCUUCCUCGUGAAACCCAAACACGUGCUGACAGCCUUGUUACUUAACUGACGCGGUGUUUUGAUACGGUGAAAAACUGUUUCUCUGUUCCGAGUAAACAUUUUUCUCUGAGAAACUACCGGAGCUCUCGUCUUACUCCGUGCUUCCGCCGUGCAGUAGCAUCUGCUCGGUCGCUAGAGGGGGGGAUCUGCUGCACCUGUUCUCCCAUGCGCGCUCCAGCUCACUUCGGCUGCGCUCGGCUCCGCUCGGCCGGCCCGCUGCCAGAGUGCGGGCUUCCCAUCCCGGGUUGGGCUUUCCUGUAGAGAGAAUGCAAAUGCGCCGCAGUGGUCUCCUCCCAUUGGCCCGUCACACCUCUGUGUGGGAGGGUCGCGGGCCACGCUGUCUUUAUAAGAGCAGAUUGCCUCGCAGCGUCUCAGUGACACUGCUGGUUUGCACCGUGGAGCGCCUAUAGAAACUAUUUGAGGGCCGUUAGUGAAGAAAACCAACUGGAAUUUAUCACCUCUUGCAUAAUAUUACACGCAGUCAACACGAAAGGUCAACAGCGCGACCCUGUCAGGAGGGACAGGACCGUGGGGACAGAAGCUGUCAGUAAUUCGCUGCUUGAAUCCAAUAUCUGGACUGACCACAACAACAGGGGACCAGACUCUCCUGCCCCUCAAAGUAGGAGCACUGCCUGCAACUCCUGAUCAAUCUCAGAUGCAUAUUAACUUUGAAAACGUAUGCACGUGUCAUUCCAUUUUUUGGGGGGGGGGAUUCCUGGGACUUUUUUGGCACUGCUUUUACGCACACCCAAGCUGCGCCCCGUGGCUGUCACACACACACACACACACGCUGUCUGAUCUGAUCGUGUGAGAAAACUUUCGAACCGGGCCAUGCUGCAGUGACUUCAGCCCGGAACUUAAGCGAUCAAGUUGUAGACCGCAGGAGAGGAAGAAGGAUGCUCGGAACAUAUUUAUAACACAGCGAGCGGAGGAGACGAAGUCGCUUCUGUUACUUGAUCGAGCACAGCCGAGGACAGUUAAUCACAGGGAGGCAAGUGGGCUGCAGAGGUGAAGCGAGGACAAGACAGGUUGGUGUCUCCAAAUUCACCCGGCUCGAGUUUCGGCCGCCCCGGGGGCACCUGGUAUUUAAGCGUGCAUUUGACCUGGGAUAAGUUGUCAACAAGAGCAGAGGCAAACUGGCAGGUGUACAAGUUUAUUUACAUGCGUACGUAUAUUCACGCCACUAUAUAUAGAAGUUGUCUUAGGGACGAGCAGCCUUAAUAAGUUUCUCCUCCCACCCACCCGGCCCUCUGCAGCAGCUCUGUACACCGGGCGUGUGCGCGUGUCUAUAUAUACACCGCACAGGCUGGUCUUCCUCCUCGCAAUCUGUAUAGGAGAGGGCUGCCCGCCGUCGGUUUGGCUGUGAGGGCAGGAGUCGUCGCAUGGACUGACAUGGCUACCGACCUCGCCAUGAGCGCAGAGCUGCCAAACAGCCCCCUGGCCAUCGAAUACGUCAACGACUUUGACCUUAUGAAGUUCGAGGUGAAGAAGGAGCCGCCGGAGGCCGACCGCUACUGCCACCGCCUCCCGUCGGGCUCCCUGUCCUCCACCCCGAUCAGCACACCCUGCUCCUCCGUGCCUUCCUCGCCGAGCUUCUGCGCCCCGAGCCCCGGCGCGCAGCCCAACCAGAGCCUCACCAGCGGGGUCAACAGCAGCGGCAGCAGCAGCAACAACAGCAGCGGCGGCGGCAACAACAAUCACGGCAACGCGGGCAAGCCCCAGCUGGAGGACCUGUACUGGAUCCCCAGCUACCAGCACCACAUCAACCCGGAGGCGCUCAACCUGACCCCGGAGGACGCGGUGGAGGCCCUCAUCGGCAACGCGCACCACCACCACCACCACCAGGCCUACGAUGGCUUCCGCGGGCAGCAGUACGUUGGGGAGGACCUGUCCACGGCCUCGACGGCCCACCAUCACCAGGGCCACCACCAUCACCACCACCACCACCACGGCCACCACGCCCGCCUGGAGGACCGCUUCUCGGACGACCAGCUGGUCAGCAUGACGGUGCGGGAGCUGAACCGGCAGCUGCGGGGCUUCAGCAAGGAGGAGGUGAUCCGCCUGAAGCAGAAGAGGCGCACCCUAAAGAACCGGGGCUACGCGCAGUCCUGCCGCUUCAAGCGCGUCCAGCAGAGGCACAUGCUGGAGACCGAGAAGUGCACGCUGCAGAGCCAGGUGGAGCAGCUGAAGCAGGACGUGGUGCGCCUCGCCAAAGAGAGGGAUCUUUACAAGGAGAAAUACGAGAAGCUGGCCAGCCGGACCUACUCUGCCGGUGGACCCGCGAACACGAGAGAUCCGUCCGGGAAACAGGCCAACAACGAGUUCUUCAUGUGAGAGACUGGCGAUGUGUAGCAUAUAGACUCUGAAUUACAGCCCCACCUAAACGUCCUCGUUACGUUCAUUUAUAUUUCUCCGCGUCUGUAUUUUGUUUACAGUUAUUCCCUUGAAAGAGACUUAAAACACACAAGUAAACAAACACACAAUAGAUGCGCACAAUAGUAAUCGUUGCGCGCAUUUUGAGUCUUAAAGAUGUUUCGGCUAAACUUCUGUAAGCUCACCACAACCUGUCAGGUGGGCACAUGGGAUCACUUAGUCUGUAGACUUUUCUCUGGUGCAGCAGAACUUAGUCAGAAGUCUUACUGAACCAAUCUGACAUUUAAUGACUGUCUUAAUUCACAGAGAGAGAUGCUUUUGUCUUAAGAGUGGGGGAAAGAGUGUUUUUUGUUUUUGUUUGUUUUUUAAGAAUCAGAUUGGACUGAAAUAGAAGCAGAAAAAGCAAUACGCCGCCUCUCUUUUUUGGGCUCCAGAAAGCUCAACAGACUGUGUGAGAGCGAGGCGGUCUGCGAUGCAGAGACGAGACCUUUCAAUAAUAUUGCAAGUCUAUAGUUUCCCCAUCCCUAUUUGCAACCCUGCAUGCAGGACAUGUAUGGUAACCUCCAGUCAUCUCCCAGGAUCCUUCCACAAUGUAUGGAAAGCAUGGCCCACGGUUCUCUCCUCCUCCCCCUCUGCCACCAAUAAGGCCUGGGUAUGCAAGAACCACAAACUGCCCCCCUCCUCACACACACACACAAACCCCCGAGAGGUGCAAGGACUGCGGACAAACAUGCAAAAAACAAUCUGCUACUUGCGAAAAAAAAAUGGAUGCGUCUUUAACUGCUAUUUUCAAUCAAUUUUUCUAUUGUUUUAAAAAGAAAAGAAAAACGACAAAAAGAGAUUACCUGAGCCAGAUUUUAGACUGUAUUUAUUUCCACCUGUACAUAAUGUGUAGAGAAAAAAAACAGUUAACUAUGUUAUUUUACCUUUUUUUCCCUCUUUUUAAAGAAAACUUGCUUUCAAGUUGCUUGGAUUAUUCGACAUGUCUUAAUACAAAUGUUUGUAUGUUACAGCAUGCAAAUCGUCUUUGGUAUCCUCCUACUGAACAUGUGUAAUGUCAAAGGCGAGCCUAUACUGCACUAAGAAGAGAUCAAACUGGACAAACGUUUUGUUUUCUACUGAUAGGACCUUUGAUCUGUUGCUCUCUAAAAAAAAAAACCUGGAUGUAAAUUUGACGAGGCGAAAGCUUCACUUAUUAGACGGACAAGGACUGCAUUCGCUGCUAAAACUCUAUGCACCAACCCGAUGAUUACAAAUACUUAGUUUGUUUUGUUGUUGUUUUUUUUACUUUGAAUAUUUGUAGAGGAGAAUUUUUUUUUUUUUAGGGCCUGUGGUUUUCUAAUCUGCAGCCCGCUGUCUUAAUAAGGUAUUGUGUCUGAUAGGAGGACGCUUGAUUGCUUGAAAAGAGGAGACUUUGCCUGGCGGUAGAGCUCACUGCUCUCGGAGUAACUCCUUUAUUCUGUCGACAACAAAUCCCUGGUUCGUGUGUUUUCUGCUGCCUAGAUAUAUGUGCAAUAUUGUGCAGAAGUGUCCGAUGCUCAGACUGUAUAGGCUACCUGUUGGAUGGCGGAAACUUGCAGGAAAGGAGAGGCUGGUGUUACAUUUAGAUCGAAAUGCCACAGGGGAAAACAGCAAAUGUAAAAUAAAUGGGAGAUUGAUAUUUUGUAUUGGUGUGAGCCAUAAGAACAAAGAAAUAUCGAAAUGAAUCUUGCAACUCAUUUGAUUAUUUAAAAAAUAAUAAGGCAGUAACAGUGUCCCUUUAGUAACUUUCUCUGUUUUAAUUUAUUUGUGAUUGAUUUUAUUUCAAAUUUUAUUGUCAUAUUUUUUUUUUUUACAAAAGCAAUUCCAGCCUAAAAAUCCUAAUUUGAUUUUGAAGAAGACUGCGAGACAUAAAAAAGGAGAUAAAGAGGAAAGCAAACUUCUGCACAGUGCUGUUAAUGUAUAUCUGUACAUAUAAUUUCUAUAUUUAUUCAAUGAACGUGUCCUAACGUGUCAACAAGUGAAAACCCUACAAAGUGGAACGUUGUUGAGAAUCUUGUUUUCAUAAUGUUUAAUAAAAAGUUCUGUCCCAAAUCUGUCAGACUGCUGCUGCCGUCAUUGUUACAGGAAGGAAAAAAAAAGGUUUUAUUUUGAAACAAACAAACGAAAAGGCUUCCUGCCUCUAAAUUAUUGAAGCUCUGGGUUUA